AAUUGAAUAUUUAAAAUAGGUGUUGAGGUUUUAUUAAACGUGAUUGAAUAGAUCAAUAGGUGAUUUGUUAAAUUAUUUACAGGUUUUUAAAUCAAAGGAGCUUUGUUUUAAUUGGUGUAAUAAUAAUUGCAGUCGAGUGCAUUUUUAUACCGAUAGAAAAAUGUCUAAAUCAGUGGCUCGAUUAAAAUCUAUGAAAAAAGUGGCUGAUAAAAUAGACCAUUCUUCAAAGUUAAGAACGAAUAUUCCAGCUGGCAUGGCUGCCGCUGGACCUCCUCUCGGACCUAUGCUAGGCCAGCGUAACAUCAAUAUUGCAGCAUUUUGUAAAGAUUUCAAUGAACGUACAGCCAAUAUUAAACCAGGUAUACCAUUACCAACAAGAGUAAAAGUAAAUUCUGAUCGUUCAUAUCAACUUGUUAUCCACCAACCACCAGCAUCUUAUUUUUUAAUGCAGGCAGCAGGUGUUAAUAGAGGCUCCAUGUAUCCUGUAAAGGAGAUAUGUGGUAAAAUAACACUGAAGCAUUUGUAUGAAAUAGCCAAAAUAAAGUCCCAGGAUCCCACUCUUGAAUGGAAGUCUUUGCAAGAAAUAUGUAAUAUGUUAUUAGCAACUGCAAGAACAUGCGGAAUACAAGUAGUUAGGCAAUUAGAUGCUAAGGAAUAUGGCGAGUUUUUGGAAGAAAGAAAGAAUAUUGUAGAAGAACAAAAGAAAAUGUUGCAAGAAAGACGAGAAGCGAAAAUGCUGAGAACUGCCUAGUGUUCGUUAUUUUUAGUAGUUAUGCAUAUAGAACUAGGAAUAGUAUAUUGUUCAAUAAAAUAAAACUUUAAUUUUUUAAUUUUAUUUAAAAAUAAAUC